CGCAUAUAACCAUCUUACUUGCCCCCAAACAAGCAGAGAUCGAACGUACAUCGCAAAUGUCGGUGUCGGACAAACUCACCACAGUGCACGACGGGCAUCCGCCGUUCAUCGCCGUGCCGCCAGUUUGGGAGGUGAUCAAGUACCCCAUCACGCCGGUCGACUUGGUCUUCGUGAAGGACCACGGCCCGAUCGAGCACCUGGACGCGGCGACGUUCAAACUCAAGAUCGAUGGCCUCGUCGAGCAAGAGGUGGAGUACACGCUGGCAGAGAUACAGCAGAACUUCCCGAAGGUGGAGGUCGUCGCUGCGCUGGACUGCGCGGGGAAUCCCCAUACCGGCGAGCAGGGCGGGGACAAACCCAUUCAUGGCGUGCUCAGGAAAGAGAUCGCGAAUGUGAUCUGGGGCGGCGUACGUCUGCGCGACCUCCUUCUCGCAGCUAGGGUCCGCAGCGUCUCGCACAGGCCGGGGAAGACAUAUGCGCAUUUUGUGUCCCAUAUCACUGAGCCCGGCAAGCCGGACGAACUGUUUGGUACCUCUGUGCCUCUGGAGAAGGUGUUGAGUGAGGACGGCGACGUACUUCUGGCGUAUGAGAUGAAUGGGAAGCGGUUUCGAGACGAGCACGGUUUCCCGUUCCGAACAGUCGUCCCAGGCUAUAUCGGUACGCGUUGGGUGAAGUGGGUGAACCGCAUCACUAUAGCGCAUCACGAGUCGGAUAACCUUUCAGAGGUGCAAGCCACUGAACCAGCAGACCAAUUCUUGUCCAAGUUCCCACCCAUCCUCGCCAACCCCAUCAACUCCGUCAUCGGCUCCGUAAAGAUACACAACGGGCAGCUGAUCAUCAAGGGGUACGCCGUUGGCGGAGAGGCUGGGCAGAUCAAGGAGGUAUCGGUGAGCGUCGACGGGGGCCGGGAUUGGGUCCCGGCGAAGAUUAUAUAUCAAGACGGCCGGUGGAGCUGGACGCUAUGGGAGGCGACGAUCUCGCUGCUAGGUGGUCCGGCCGAAUACCACGGCACAGUGUACAGUCGUGCACAGGACACCAGCGGGAACACGCAGUCCAAGGACACAGGUUCGAAUCCGAAGGGCGUGGCGGCCGCUGGAUAUGGUGAGGCGCAGUUCUGAAAGACUUGUGUACGGUUACGGCUCUACAUGGCAUGGGAAUAAGUCUCUUUCUUUCUUUUUUAUGAUUCCCUGCAGCUCGACGUUCCUGGGCUCCUUCUCGGCUCAUCUGCUGUCCCUUUGACUUGAGCACGCUCGUCUUAGGUUAGGGUAGCCGUAGGGUUAGCCCGUGUACAGUAGUUUUCCACAUUCCGCCCCUUGUAUUACUUAAUUCCUGUACUUGUGUCUCAUUAGUGGCAGAGAAGCUUGAAUUUGUAGUGUAGUGUGAUGCACGUCGCGUCUCAAUGAAUGAAUAUUGCG